AUGCAUCCAUCUAAAUGUGAACUUGAAAUCGUCACCGUUCGUGAUAAUAUUAAAUCGAGAACUAAUAUCCUAAACCACGUUAUGGAUGAAAAAGCGAUGGUUAAAAGAGCUACACCCAUUGUUGACAUAACAACAUCUGAGAAUAAUAAUAAAAAUCAAGAUAUAAAAGAUAAUCAACUUUUUUUAAAUGAUGAUCAAAAACCCCUUUUUCCUUCGCUUUCGUUAUAUUUCAAUAAUAAAAUGGCUGGAGCAUUAGAAAAUGCAGAUAAGUACUUGCCCAAAAUUAAAGAUUCAGAAAAGGAGAGUGAGUUUGGUUAUGUCUUUGCUGUGUCUGGACCAGUCGUGAUAGCCGGACAAAUGAUCGGUUCGGCUAUGUAUGAAUUGGUUCGUGUUGGACAUGAGGAACUUGUAGGCGAAGUAAUUCGUAUAGAUGGAGAUAAAGCAACUAUUCAAGUUUAUGAAGAAACUGCUGGGUUAACAAUAGGUGAUCCAGUAUUGAAAACAGGAAAGCCACUUUCUGUAGAAUUGGGUCCAGGUCUGAUGUCUAACAUUUACGAUGGAAUUCAGCGACCACUCAAGGCAAUUCGGGAAAUUUCAGAUGACCAUAUUACUGUGGGUGACAUUUAUGGAAAAGUUUAUGAAAAUUCUUUGGUGAGAAAUCAUGCGAUUAUGUUACCUCCAAAAUCUUUAGGUACAAUUACUUAUAUUGCAGAGAAAGGAUCAUACACUUUAGAGGAUACUGUUCUUGAGACUGAAUUUGAAGGACGAAAAUCUAAAUAUACAAUGAUGCAAUUGUGGCCUGUUCGAUCACCACGACCAGUUAAUGAAAAGUUAUCUGGUAAUUAUCCCUUACUUACAGGUCAACGCGUUUUAGAUGCACUUUUCCCAUGUGUUCAAGGAGGUACUACGGCUAUUCCUGGCGCUUUUGGUUGUGGAAAAACGGUAAUUUCACAAUCUUUAUCAAAGUAUUCCAACUCGGAUAUUAUUGUUUAUGUUGGAUGUGGAGAACGAGGAAAUGAAAUGGCUGAAGUAUUAAUGGAUUUCCCUGAAUUAAGUAUUAAUGUCGAUGGUCGUCAAGAAUCCAUAAUGAAACGUACAACAUUAGUGGCCAAUACUUCAAAUAUGCCUGUGGCUGCUCGUGAAGCAUCCAUUUAUACAGGAAAAAAUGUUGCUAUGAUGGCAGAUUCUACUUCUCGUUGGGCAGAAGCUCUACGUGAAAUUUCUGGUCGAUUGGCUGAAAUGCCUGCAGAUAGUGGUUAUCCUGCAUAUUUGGGUGCUCGUUUGGCAUCUUUUUAUGAACGUGCGGGUAAAGCAACUUGUCUGGGAAAUCCAAAACGGGAAGGAAGUGGUGAUUUUUCUGAUCCGGUCACAUCAGCAACUCUUGGUAUUGUUCAAGUAUUCUGGGGUUUAGAUAAGAAACUUGCUCAGCGUAAACAUUUCCCAUCUGUUAAUUGGUCAAUAAGUUUUUCAAAGUAUCUUAAAGUAUUAGAACCUUAUUAUGAAUCUUCCGAACCGGAAUUUACUACAUUAAGAGAUAAAACUAAGGAAAUUCUUCAAAAAGAAGAAGAUUUAUCUGAAAUUGUUCAACUUGUGGGUAAAAGUGCACUUGGAGAAUCUGAUAAGAUCACUUUAGAAAUUGCCAGAAUCAUAAAAGAUGACUUUUUACAACAAAAUGGGUACUCUGCCUAUGAUCGAUUUUGCCCGUUUUAUAAAACAACUUGGUUGCUUAAAAAUAUGAUUGGAUUUUAUACAGCUGCCACACAUGCAGUUGAAGUUACUAAUAGUGAAAUAACGUGGGCCAAAAUUAGGGAUCAAAUGGGAGAUCUAAUAUAUAAACUUAGUUCUAUGAAAUUUGAAGAUCCCGCUGAAAGUGAAGAAGUUCUUCGUGAAAAUUAUCAAAAACUUUAUAAUGAAAUUCAAGAAAGAUUCAGACAAUUACUUGAAUGA